AUGCCGCCCAAAGCUGCUGAUGUCGCCAUCCCAGAUGGCGCCGGAGCGCGCCUUGCCAUGUUCUCGGCGCGCUUCGACGGGGGCAAGGUGGAGCAGCUUAUUCGGCAGGUACACAGCAUCCUCCUCGCGCACAACUACGAGGUGCUCAUGGUGAAGGCCGGAGCCGGCGACGACUUCGGCAAGGACACCAUGACGUACUUGGGGAAGCUCUUGGUGCAGAAGGGGAUCCUCCUUGCUGUCUGCACUGAGAACUAUGCCGAGGUGACCAGCUCGAAAUACUCUUCCUUUGAAGAGCUAAAGCUGGCAUAUGAUCGGAACCUCGACGUGAUUCCGCUGAAGGUGACGCAGGCCUACCCCCCCCGCCCCCCCCACGGCCCUCAGCACCCCUUCGACAAGGAAGGGCAGGCAAUCGGCCUUCUGGCCAUGGCCAUGCCUACCAGCAAGGUAUAUCUAGAUUGCCUCACGAAGACGGGGGACUUGCUGUCCCCUCACGACAUCGCUGCCCGUAUCGCCGAGAAGCUCCGGGAGGGCACCGCCAAGGCCGAGGGCUCAGCUCCCGCCAGCCUGGAGCGCAAGUCGUCGGGCCAUGGCGGGCCAAUGCAGGAGGCACAGGCUCAGGCCAAAGACGAUGCACAGGCGUCGGCACUGGCAGCGAGCGCCUCGGAGCCAAAGCUGUCGGCCGGGGGUGGCGACGGCGCUGCGCUGCAGAAGGCCCGGGCCAAAGUGGAGGAGGCUGCUUUGGGCUCCAGCAGCUCGGCGGCCACCUUGGCCGGGCCGGCGGGCAGCGCGCUGCGCCCGGGGAAAGCCAAGCCCAAGGCACUUGGCGCCGUCGGCGUUGAAGCAAAGACGGGUCUCGCCUGA